GGGCGGGCGGAGGGCGGCUCCCCGCGGCAGUCGUCGCCGCUGGCUCGGAUCUCCCUGAGGGGGAAGCCGCAGAGUGGCCGCCCCUCGCAGGCAUUUUACCGGCGGCUCGAUUUCCAGCUUGAGAUCAACGUGCUUGUGCUGAUUUUUCGAUGAAGUACAUCCUGGUAACUGGUGGUGUCAUCUCAGGCAUUGGCAAAGGGAUCAUUGCAAGCAGCAUUGGUACCAUACUGAAAUCAUGUGGUCUACGUGUCACUGCAAUCAAAAUUGAUCCUUACAUAAACAUAGAUGCUGGAACCUUUUCACCAUAUGAACAUGGUGAAGUUUUUGUAUUGAAUGAUGGUGGAGAAGUUGACUUAGAUUUGGGAAAUUAUGAGAGAUUUUUGGACAUCAGUCUCUAUAAAGAUAACAACAUCACCACUGGGAAGAUAUAUCAGCAUGUCAUUAAUAAAGAAAGACAUGGUGAUUAUCUGGGAAAAACUGUUCAAGUUGUCCCACAUAUCACUGAUGCAGUUCAGGAAUGGGUUAUGAAUCAGGCAAAAGUUCCAGUGGAUGAUGACAGAAAAGAGCCACAAAUUUGUGUGAUUGAGCUGGGUGGAACCAUUGGAGACAUAGAAGGAAUGCCAUUUAUUGAAGCAUUUAGACAGUUUCAGUUCAAAGCAAAAAGAGAGAACUUCUGUAAUAUCCAUGUUAGUCUAGUACCACAGCCUAAUGCCACUGGUGAACAGAAAACAAAACCAACACAGAACAGCGUUCGAGCGCUGAGGGGUCUAGGCUUGUCUCCAGAUUUGAUUGUCUGUAGAAGUGCAAAACCUAUAGAAAUGGCAGUGAAGGAAAAGAUUUCCAUGUUUUGCCAUGUGGAGCCUGAGCAGGUCAUAUUUAUCCAUGAUGUUUCUUCCACUUAUCGAGUACCGAUCCUGUUGGAGGAGCAAGGCAUUAUUAAGUAUUUUAAACAGAGGUUAAAUUUACCUAUUGAUGACCAGCCAAGUGACCUUCUACUGAAAUGGAAGAAAAUGGCUGACAGAUAUGAGAGGUUGCUGAAGGUGUGUUCCAUAGCUCUCGUUGGGAAGUACACAAAACUAAGUGAUUGCUAUGCAUCUGUUUUCAAGGCUCUGGAACACUCUGCACUGGCAAUUAAUCACAAACUGGAUUUAAUGUACAUAGAUUCAACAGAACUUGAACGUUCCACAGAAGCUGAGAACUCUGUGAAAUAUCACCAGGCGUGGCACAAGCUGUGCAAAGCAGAUGGAAUUCUGGUCCCAGGAGGGUUUGGAAUUAGGGGAACAGAAGGCAAACUUCAAGCUAUCUCCUGGGCAAGAACAAAGAAAAAACCUUUCCUUGGAGUUUGCCUGGGAAUGCAAUUAGCAGUUGUGGAGUUUGCAAGAAACUGUUUGGAUUGGAAAGAUGCAAAUUCUACAGAAUUUGACCCAGACACAAAAGCCCCUGUUGUUAUUGACAUGCCUGAACACAAUCCUGGAGAUAUGGGUGGAACAAUGAGGCUGGGGAAGAGGAGGACUGUUUUCAAGACACAGAAUUCUGUUCUAAGGAAGCUUUAUGGUGAUGAAAUGUUUGUAGAGGAGCGACACAGGCAUCGAUAUGAGGUGAACCCAGAAUUGACUCACUUCUUUGAAGACAAAGGUUUGAAAUUUGUUGGCCAUGAUACAGAAGGGAACAGAAUGGAAAUUAUUGAACUGGAGAAUCACCCAUAUUUUGUGGGAGUUCAGUUCCACCCAGAGUUUUCCUCAAGACCCAUGAAACCUUCACCUCCAUACCUUGGACUGUUGCUAGCAGCAACUGGGACACUCAAUGCAUACCUUCAACGUGGAUGUAAAUUGUCUCCAAGCGACAGCUACAGUGACCUCAGUGAUGACAGCUCUCCAGAGAAAGAGUUUUUUAAUUCAGAAACAAGCUGAAAUGAUUCUAUGAGAUCACAGAAAUGGAUGAUGCUUUUGAGAAAGUUGGGAACAAGACACUACUGAACAGAAGAAAGUAGAAGAGUCAGCUGCUUAUGGCCCUCAUAGUGUCUCCUCCUAUACUCUUUUCAAUAAUUCUCUUUACAGAAGACAGUUCUACUGUGCUGUAGAAAAAAACUGUUCUGUAUAAAUGCCGUUUCUCUUUAAAAAUGACAAAAUGUUUGUGCACCUUAGCUGUUAAUCACUGUUGAUUUUGUCCUAUAUUUCAGAAUGAUCUCAGGUGAAUAUAUAUUAAUUCACUAGUUCACACUGUUCUUAAUUUGAAGGAUGAUUUGAUUGUUUUCAGUUUGCCUUAGAAUAAAAAGAUAAAAUGCAUUAAUUCCUGUGAAUGAGAGAGAAUGCACUAAAAAUGUAAUGGAAAGUUGUCUUAUCCAUGAGAUUAGAGAACUGUUUCAUUUUUUUUUCCCUGUGAAGCUUGUUGUAGAGAUAUAUUUUUUUACUUUUUUUGCUGUUCAAUAUGUACAAAAGAGAAAUUGUUGCUAUAUUUCAGCUCUUUGUGAUUAUACUAAUUGAUAUUGUAUAAGAGUCUUUUCACUUUGCUAUUAUAAGUGAUUUCACUUCACAAAAGUUCAAGUUUGCUCUUUCUCCUGAAAAGCUAAUAAUACCAAAUAUAUUUCUGACCUAAAAAAAUUACAAUAGUGAUAUUAGAAGGAGGUUUUGUAUUUGUAUUUUACAAGAGAGAAAGUAAAUGCACUCAUGUGGCAGAAUGUAAUUUCAGCACUUGUAUGAAAGUCGUAGAAGGGCCAGUCCUAAACCUGGAGAAUGAUCUGGGCUCCAGCUGUGCAACACUGAGUUAAUUUCAAUUAAAUAGUAUAAGGGGAAUUAAGGUUCACCCUUGUUUUCCCUCAUCCACUCCACGUGGGGUCAUGGGGCUCAUUCCCCUGUAGGAGAGAGGAGUGUAUUUUAAUUUAGAAAUCACAAGUUAUUCCUCUGCAUGAAAACUGCAGACAGCCCUGCAAAGCCAGGAGUGCAGCCUGAGACAAAGGUUAAGGUGAGAGGUUCUGUAGCAUGUUUAGGGCUGCAUCCCAUUAGCAGUGGGGCAUUGUCAGGGCUCUCACAGAAGCUUCAGCUUCUA